CGACGACGCGUCACAUUCGGCCCCCUGCCAUGGCUGGAGUCCAGAGCUCCUGAAAUAGCACUCAGAGCAAUAAACCGAGCGUCUUGGGUCUCCAGUAGCUGCCUCUCCAUAGACACCACCAACAGAACAUGGAUCCUCGCUCCCAGGUGUCAACAGCAGUGAAGAGAAGGAAGCACAAGCAAGGUAAAACUAUGAAGAAACACUCGGUGAAGGUUCCUGAUGUGCAGCGGAUGCCGUGCUGGUCUCAAGAUGAGGAGGCGCUCAUCUACAUGAACUUCAUGAAGAGUCAUCGCUGCUACGAUGCCAUUCCAGUCAGCUGCAAACUGGUCAUAUUCGACACCACCUUGCAAGUGAAGAAGGCGUUUUACGCUUUAGUGGCCAACGGACUGAGGGCCGCACCACUGUGGGACAGCAAGUUACAGAAAUUUGUUGGAAUGCUGACCAUAACAGACUUCAUCAACAUCCUCCACUGUUACUACAAAUCCCCACUGGUUCAGAUGUUUGAAUUGGAAACUCACAAGAUUCAAACAUGGAGAGGUGAAUCCUUUAAAAACGUCUACUUACAAUACACCAGUCACUUUCUGAUCAGUAUCUCACCUGACGCCAGCCUCUUUCAAGCCAUCUACUCCUUGCUGAAACACAAGAUCCACAGACUCCCGGUCAUUGAUCCACAAUCUGGGAACGUUCUACACAUUUUGACCCACAAAAGAAUCCUGAAAUUCCUCCACAUAUUUGGGAAGAAUGUCCGCAAACCAGCAUUUCUUCAGAAGCCAAUCCUGGAGCUUGGAAUCGGCACAUUCCGGAAUAUUGCCACGGUUCAGCAGACGGCAUCUCUAUACGAUGCCUUGUCCAUAUUUGUGGACCGCAGGGUUUCGGCGCUGCCUGUGGUGGACGAGCGAGGGAAAGUGGUGGCGCUCUACUCCAGGUUUGACGUCAUUAAUCUGGCUGCCCAAAAGACGUACAGCAAUCUGGACAUAAGUAUGCGGGAAGCAGUAGAUAGGAGAACCUGUUUCGUUGAGGGCGUUAUUAAGUGCUACCCAGACGAGACUUUGGAUGUCAUCAUAGAGCGGCUAGUGAGCGCUGAGGUGCAUCGGCUUGUCCUGGUGGACCGGACUGACGUCGUGAGGGGCAUCAUCUCCCUGUCGGACCUGCUGCAGGCCAUGGUCUUAUCCCCCGCAGGUAUUGAGGCCCUUUUGUCCUAGCACCUCAGCAGACGGUUCCUGGCCCAGCUUGAGCUGCAUCAGUCCUGGCUGUGAACCCAGGCAGGUUGGACCUGUACAUUCCCCACUUCCAUGAACUCCUCCCAUUCUAUUCUUGGGUUGCGCCGCCGCCAACACUUGCAAACCAGCUGCUCUGCAGUCGGUUUUACAGGCGAGAACUUGUUUAGAAUCUGAUGACAUUUUGUUGAUGUUUUACAGAGAUGGUGAGCAUUGGGAGGGAAUCCCUGCCAACACAGCUAUGUAGUGCCUUGUCACUGCAGUC